AUGUCUGACAAUGCCCCCGAGUCUCCCACGCCCACCUCCUUCGCGUCUGCAGACGAGGUCGGCGCGCUGCGAUCGGAGGUCUCUGUUCUCUCCGGGCAGUUUGCCCAACUGCUUGCCCGGAUGAACGCGGCGUGGCCCGCUGCUCCUGCCACUUCCGCUCCCGCUGCUGCCGCCGCUUCUCCUGCCGCCGCUCCUGCCGCCCCACCCGCUGCUGCCACCGGCUCGACUUCUGCCGCCGCGCCCGCCUCCACUCCCGCUGUUGCGCCCGCCUCGACGGCCAGCUUUGUUGGUUUUGCGCAAGCGCCGUCAUUUGGCACUCUGGGAACCGCCUCUUUCGGAACAGCACCUGCUCACCAGUUCGUGCCGCCGCUGCCACCUCUGGACUCUCCAGCAGGUGCGCACCCAUCUCUUCGAUCUCUGUUCCCCGACGUCGAGCCGGCUGUGAUCUUCGCGGUCCUAUCUCACGAGCUCAAGGCUCAAGAUCUCUACAAGCUUGAUGCGCGCGUCAACGAGCUGGACGCGACCUUUACGCUUAACGCCAGCGGUGUCUUUGAGCGAAACGUUGCUGGUCACAAGCAAUACGCGACCCCGGCCACGGUCAUCCAUCCCCUCCACGUCUACUUCUCCAUCCUUGCUGCCCAUCUGUUGUCCGGUAGCGCUGUCCCAGCAGACAUCCGGAUGUCGGCAUCGACUUACUUCCAUCGCUACCUCAGCCACAUCACUACGCUCUCGGUGGAGUACGAGUGGAAGGCAGUCCUGCGCUACCACGAGCUCUUCUUCAACCGCCGUCGCGGUGACAUGCGCGAUGGGGUCUACGCCAACUGGGCGUUCCCUGACGUUGGCUUGCUGAGUCUGCACGUGUACCAGCACCGCCGCACGUCUCCUGUCAUGGCCGCCGCGAAAGCGCCCGCCGCCAAACGUCCUCCUCCUGGUAACAACACGUCCGAGGUUUGCCAGAACUUCAACGCUGGUCGCUGCGCUUCUCCCUGCCGUUUCGGGCGGCUCCACACGUGCUCCUCUCCCGGCUGUGGGAAGGAUCACCCGCUCACCCAGCACAAAUAG